AGCAACGGACACACUACACGGAGCAUCACCGGACGGCAUGGCUUCGUCUCAUGGGAAGAAUGAACUCCGGCUCGCCGACUGGAUGGCAAGUUUGCCGGAGAGCCUUCACAGCAUCCCUCUCACCAACUUGGCCAUACCGGGUUCCCACGACUCGUUCAGCUUCUACAUCGAUGAGGCCUCUCCCGUGGGGCCCGAGCAGCCUGAGACCGUCCAGAACUUCGUCUCGGUCUUCGGCGCGGUGGCCAAGAAGCUGAUGCGCAAGUGGCUGGCCACGCAGACCAUGCACUUCGGUGGGCAGCUGGAUGCAGGCGUGCGCUUCUUCGACCUGCGCAUCUCCACCAAGCCGCGCGACCCCGACAACGAGCUCUACUUCGCCCAUGGCCUGUUCAGCGCCACGGUGCGCGAGGGCCUGGAGCAGAUCAGCGGCUUCCUGGCGUCGCAUGCACGCGAGGUGGUCUUCCUGGACUUCAACCACUUCUACGGCAUGCAGAACCUCCACCACGAGAAGCUGGUCCAGAUGCUGCGGGAGGUGUUCGGAGACAGGCUCUGCCCCGUCGUCUUCGCACAGGAGGUGAGCCUGAAGUACCUUUGGGAGCGUGAGUACCAGGUCCUGGUCUUCUACCACAACCCCAUGGCACUGGAGGUGCCCUUCCUGUGGCCCGGACAGAUGAUGCCGUCACCCUGGGCCAACACCACCGACCCGGACAAGCUCAUCCAGUUCCUGCAGGCCUCGGUGACAGAUUUGCGCCGGCGCAAGGGGACGUUCUUUGUGUCACAGGUGGUGCUGACGCCCAAGGCCAGCACGGUGAUGAAGGGCGUGGCCAGCGGACUGAGGGAGACCAUCACGGAGAGGGCCCUGCCUGGAAUGAUGCAGUGGAUCCGCUCCCAACGGCCGGGCGAGGGCGGCGUCAACAUCAUCACGGCGGACUUCGUGGAGCUGGGAGACUUCAUUGGCGCCGUCAUCGCCCUAAACUACCACACGGAUGACGACGAGGAGAACGCCACCUGAACUUUGACCCCCAUGAUGACCUUUGACCUCUCAUAAAUUUUGACGACACACACACACACACACACAUACACUCCCCACAGCACCACCUAAUUCCACACACACACACACACACAUAUCUCCGCUGUGAGACGCCAUCUCUUUCCUUUGGUCUUCGUCCAGCGUGGGCGGGACGGCAUCGUUUCUACGUAUGAACGUUUUAGGGCUACUGGUUUGUAGCGAAGGCAAGGUGGGAAAGCUGUUCUAUUCAAAGCUGUUAUUCAGUUUGGCCUGGUGGACUGAAGAAAAGAAGAAAGAAACGAACGUGAUUUCUUGAGUUGGUUUAAUUACUUUGGGGUAAAAAGGGCAAUUCUUCGACUACUGCUACUGUACUACUGAUAAUGCUUCUCGUUGGUCACACUUGAAACUUGAUGACGUUCAUAUUUCGUAACAUAUUUUGUCGCGCUGACUGCCUCUCUCUCUUGCUCUCUCCUGUGUGAUCGCAAAAAAAACAAACAAACAAACAAAAGAAGAUGAAUCUCUUCCUCCUCCGCUUACCCCACGUCAACCUGACGUAAAACGUUCUUUGUAAUUCAGUGAUCUCGUGUACAUUGACCACGGGCUUUUUCGCAGUUGAGUAAAUUGUGCUAAGUAUCGUAAAAAAGUGUUAAUUAACAAUCAUUACUCGGAAUAGUUGUUUGUAACUGUCAUUGUCUCCAAAGCUAAGGAGAAUAUAUAAGUAGACUGCCUUGUCUUGUUGUGUGGUCUACUCUUCUGUGUCCGCUGAGGAAAUAGCAAACGUUCUUUACAAAUAUCCCAUGGCUCUUCGUGUUUUCAACCCAGUGCAUUUGCAUACAGCAUGUAACUGUUGUUUUCCCUCAGGUAUGUAUGUAAACAUAUCCUGAGCAGUGCACUAUGUUCCAACGUACCACACGGAGUCUAUACCACCUCUGUCUGAGAAAAAAAUUCUGUCUAUUUUAUUUUUGUAUUAUUUUUUUUCCCUUUCAAAUUGACCUUGCCAAAAAGAAUGUUUUUUUGAUAACAUUUGGUGAAGUAACCAUGCUAAACGGAAGCAACGUUUUUGGUGAAGGAAUUUUUAAAACAAGUGAUAUUCUUUGCAAUAAUUUGUGUAUGAAAAUCGUUCCAAAGUUGUAUUUCUUCAACCUGAAAGUUUAUGUUGUUUAUAUCUCACGUCUACAUUCACUAAAUCAUCCAAAUAAGACCAUGUAGAAUCCAUGUAGCCUGGUGUAUUUCAGAUUGUGCUGUUGAGGUCGUAUGAGCUAACUUGUAUUUCCUGAUGGCACGGCUAUCAUUUCACUCACAGAUGGUGUGGUUGGUAUGGGUAACAGCUAUUCAUAUACAAGUCAAUAAAUCGGUGGUCUGUGA